AUGUGUGAUGCUAGUGGCCAUGCUGUGGGGGCAAUGUUAGGACAGAAAAAAAGGAAGGUACUUCAUCUUAUCUAUUAUGCCAGCAAAACGUUGAAUUCGACUCAAGUGAGUUAUACAACCACUGAAAAAGAAUUGUUGGCCGUAGUAUUCGCUGUUGAAAAGUUCAGAGCUUCUUUAUUUGGAGCGAAGGUGAAAGUGUACACUGACCACGCAACAAUCAAGCACCUAAUGAUGAAACCGAAUGCCAAGCCAAGAUUAAUUAGAUGGAUUCUACUGUUACAAAAGUUCGAGAUAGAAAUCGUGGACACGAAAGGAGCUAAUAACCAUGUAGUGGAUCACUUAUCUAGAAUGGAGAACAUGGAAGAAAAUGUCAAUAGCAAAGAAAUUGAUGAUACAUUUCUGGAGGAACAGCUGCUUGGGAUAAACAGCAGUAGCAUAAUGAUAGCAAUUCCAUGGUUUGCAGGCAUAGCAAAUUUUUUGGCUUGUGCCAUCAUACCCGAAGAGAAAAAUUAUCAACAAAGGAAGAGGUUCCAUGAAUCCAAAAGUUACAUUUGGGAUGAACCUUUUCUUUUUAAACAAUGUGGAGACGACAUAAUGAAAAGAUGCAUUCCAGACAAUGCAAAAGAAUUUUGCAAGGGUUGUGAUCAAUGUCAAAGGACGGGAAAUAUCAGUAAAAAAAAUGAGCUACCCCUGAAUUCAAUUCUAGAAGUGGAACUUUUUGAUGUAUGGGGCAUUGACUUUAUGGGACCAUUUCCGCCAUCUUAUGGGAACUUAUAUAUUCUAGUGGCUGUCGACUAUGUGUCCAAGUGGGUGGAAGCAAUAGCUUGUCCAUCCAACGAUGGGAAGACGGUACUCAAGUUUUUAAAAAGAAACAUAUUCACUAGGUUUGGUGUACCAAGAGCAUUAAUCAGCGAUGAGGGAACGCACUUUGUGAACAGAUUGAUGAAUAGUCUUUUAGAGAGAUACAAUGUAAAACAUAGAGUGGCGACACCUUAUCACCCACAAACCAAUGGGCAAGCAGAGGUCUACAACAUAGAAAUUAAAAGUAUUUUGGAAAAGGUGGUACAACCCAACAGGAAAGAUUGGUCGGUGAAACUUGAUGAUGCGAUAUGGGCAUACAGGACCGCCUUCAAAACCCCUUUAGGAAUGUCUCCUUACAAGCUAGUUUUUGGGAAGGCAUGUCAUCUACCCCUGGAAUUGGAACAUAAAGCAUUUUGGGCAUUAAAGAAGUUAAAUUUUGACUAUACAACAGAUGGAGACUUGAGGCGAAUGCAACUAAAUGAAUUGGAAGAAUUCAGGUACCUAGCCUACGAAAAUGCUAAGAUGUACAAAGAAAAAACAAAAAUGUGGCAUGACAACAAAAUUAGGCCCAAAGAAUUCCACAUUGAUAUGAAAUCAGGAUUUUGGCAAAUCCAGAUUUCAGAAAAAGAUAAGUACAAAACGGCUUUCAAUGUCCCUUUCGGACAAUACGAAUGGAACGUUAUGCAAUUUGGGCUAAAAAACGCUCCAUCCGAAUUUCAAAAGAUUAUGAAUGAUAUUUUUGAAGAUGAGACACUAAGUGAAGCUUGGGAGAGAUUUAAGGAGAUGCUUAGAAAGUGUCCUCACCAUGGACUACCUCAUUGUAUACAAAUGGAGACUUUCUACAAUGGAUUAAAUAUUGCUACUAAACAAGUAGUUGAUGCUUCCGCCAAUGGAGCUAUUUUGUCAAAGACAUACAAUGAAGCAUAUGAGAUUUUAGAGAGAAUAGCAUCUAACAAUUGUCAAUGGGCCGAUGUGAGAAGCAACCCAGGAAGGAAGACUCGAGGAGUACUUGAAGUUGAUGCUUUGUCCUCUAUCAAUGCUCAACUAGCUUCGGUGACUAAUAUUUUACAAAAUCUAGCGUUGGGGCAAGACUCCAUGAUCAAAGCACCAGUCCAUACAGCUGCUGUAAUUAACCAGACAGCAGCCGAAUCUUGUGUAUAUUGUGGAGAGGAACACACCUUUGAUCAAUGUCCAAGCAAUCCGGCCUCAAUUUUCUAUGUCGGGAAUCAAGAUGUGCUCACCAAUAGAAGAAAGUUUGAAGAAUUCAAGGUGGUACCAUUGAAUGAAGAGUGUAGUGCAAUAUUGAAAAACAAGAUCCCGCUAAAGGAGAAAGACCCCGGUUCAUUCACAAUUCCAAUAUCAAUAGGAGGGAAGAAGCUAGGUCGAGCAUUAUGUGAUUUGGGAUCAAGCAUUAAUCUAAUGCCGCUGUCUAUUUACAAAAAGUUAGGUAUUGGUGAAGCUAGACCAACUACAGUCACUCUUCAACUAGCAGAUCGAUCUUUCACUUAUCCCGAAGGAAAGAUUGAGGACAUCUUAAUUCAAGUUGACAAAUUCAUAUUUCCUGCAGAUUUUAUCAUUUUAGAUUAUGAAGCCGAUCAUGAUGUUCCAAUUAUUUUGGGGAGGCCAUUUUUAAAGACCGGAAGAACAUUAGUCGAUGUCUACAAAGGAACCAUCACGUUAAGAAUGGGUGACCAAAAAGUUGAAUUUAACAUCAAUGACAGCAUGAAAUAUCCAGCAGUGACAGAAGAAUGCUCAGCAGUGUAUGAAUUGACAGAACAACCAGCGACCGAGGAAUGGGAUGAUGGGGAAAGCGGGCAGGAAGAAGACAGCAGCUGGAAUGACAGAAUAGAACAGUUAGCAGUUUUAGGUGAAUUCAGCAGAACUUUUGAGUCACUAGAAUGUGAGGGAAGAAAGAGUUCACCGAUGAGACCAUCUAUUGAGGAAGCGCCGCAGCUGGACUUGAAACCACUACCACCUAACCUUAAGUAUGCUUAUUUAGGUGACAAGAAGACACUACCCAUCAUCAUCUCAGCGACACUAUCCUCGACUCAAGAGGAUAUGCUCCUAGAAACAUUGAAGAAGCACAAGGGGGCGAUAGGUUGGACAUUGGCGGAUAUAAAAGGAAUUAGCCCUUCACUAUGCAUGCACAAAAUACAAUUGGAGGAAGGAAAAGUUAAGUCCAUUGAGCAACAAAGACGAUUAAAUCCCAUGAUGAAGGAGGUUGUUAGAAAGGAGAUUCUCAAAUGGCUAGAUGCUGGAAUAAUUUAUCCAAUUGCAAACAGCAGCUGAGUCAGUCCUAUUCAAUGUGUUCCGAAGAAAGGAGGGAUAACAGUAAUGGCAAAUGAGAACAAUGAGUUGAUCCCCACUAGAAUAGUGAAUGGAUGGAGAAUUUGCAUGGAUUAUAGAAGGCUAAACAAAGCGACACGUAAGGAUCAUUUUCCCUUACCAUUCAUUGAUCAAAUGCUUGAUAGGCUUGCUGGAAAGUCACAUUAUUGCUUCUUGGAUGGUUAUUCGGGAUACAAUCAAAUUACAAUCAGUCCAGAAGAUCAAGAGAAAACUACAUUCACAUGCCCAUAUGGAAUUUUUGCCUUUAGACGAAUGCCCUUUGGACUAUGUAAUGCUCCAGCGACAUUUCAACGUUGCAUGAUGGCCAUUUUUACAGAUAUGGUAGAAACAUUUAUGGAGAUAUUCAUGGAUGAUUUUUCGGUUUAUGGAGAAUCUUUUGAGACUUGUUUGUGCAAUUUAGGGAAGGUUCUACAAAGAUGUGAAGAGAAGAAUCUUGUACUGAAUUGGGAAAAAUGUCAUUUUAUGGUCAAUGAGGGAAUAGUGUUAGGCCACAAGAUCUCAAGAAGAGGAAUAGAAGUUGAUAGAGCCAAGAUAGAAGCUAUUGAAAGAUUGAAUCCACCUACGUCAGUUAAAGGUAUAAGAAGCUUUUUGGGCCAUGCAGGGUUUUAUAGGAGGUUUAUUAAAGAUUUCUCCAAGAUUGCAAAACCAUUGUGUAGUUUGUUGGAGUCAAAUAGAAAAUUCGUUUUUGACAAACAAUGCAUGACUGCCUUCCAAGCAUUAAAGACAGCGCUGACCACAGCUCCUAUAAUGUCAACACCCGAUUGGAAUUCACCAUUUGAGUUGAUGUGUGAUGCUAGUGGCCAUGCUGUGGGGGCAAUGUUAGGACAGAAAAAGGGGAAGGUACUUCAUCCUAUCUAUUAUGCCAGCAAAACGUUGAAUUAGGCUCAAGUGAAUUAUACAACCACUGAAAAAGAAUUGUUGGCCGUAGUAUUCGCUGUUGAAAAGUUUAGAGCUUAUUUAUUUGGAGCGAAGGUGAAAGUGUACACUGACCACGCAGCAAUCAAGCACCUAAUGAUGAAACCGAAUGCCAAGCCAAGAUUAAUUAGAUGGAUUCUACUGUUACAAGAGUUCGAGAUAGAAAUCGUGGACACGAAAGGAGCUAAUAACUAUGUAGUGGAUCACUUAUCUAGAAUGGAGAACAUGGAAGAAAAGGUCAAUAGCAAAGAAAUUGAUGAUGCAUUUCCGGAUGAACAGCUGCUUGGGAUAAACAGUAGUAGCAGAAUGACAGCAACUCCAUGGUAUGCAGACAUAGCAAAUUUUUUGGCUUGUGCCAUCAUACCCGAAGAGAAAAAUUAUCAACAAAGGAAGAGGUUCCAUGAAUCCAAAAGUUACAUUUGGGAUGAACCUUUUCUUUUUAAACAAUGUGGAGACGGCAUAAUGAAAAGAUGCAUUUCAGACAGUGAAACCAAUGGGCAAGCAGAGUUCUCCAACAUAGAAAUUAAAAGUAUUUUGGAAAAGGUGGUACAACCCAACAGGAAAGAUUGGUCGGUGAAACUUGAUGCAUUAUGGGCAUACAUGACAGCCUUCAAAACCCCUUUAGGAAUGUCUCCUUACAAGCUAGUUUUUGGGAAGGCAUGUCAUCUACCCCUGGAAUUGGAACAUAAAGCAUUUUGGGCAUUAAAGAAGUUAAAUUUUGACUAUACAACAGAUGGAGACUUGAGGCGAAUGCAACUAAAUGAAUUGGAUGAAUUCAGGUACCUAGCCUACGAAAAUGCUAAGAUGUACAAAGAAAAAACAAAAAUGUGGCAUGACAACAAAAUUAGGCCCAAAGAAUUCUACAAAGGACAAAGAGUGUUGCUAUUCAACUCAAGGCUGAAGUUAUUCCCUGGAAAAUUAAAAUCAAGAUGGUCUGGUCCGUUUAUAGUUGAAGAAGUCACUCCCUAUGGGGCAAUAACGAUAAAACAUGGAGACGAAAGGAGACCUUUCACAGUGAAUGGACAGAGACUGAAGCCAUAUUUGGGUGGAGAAUUAAAAAGAGGCAUUGCCUCUUUAAGCUUAAAAAGCUGA